CACAGAGUUUACACUUACACCAGCAUACUGGAAGACUAUUAUCUGGACUAGUGCAUGGUGUGACAUCUCUGCAAACAUGGCAAGGCUCUCCCUUGCAGUAGUGAGCCUGCUGCUACUGGUACUGCUGGCUUUGUUGCUCAGUGCUGAUGCAAGAUCAAGGAGUGAAAAGGCCCUGAGGAGGAAGAAAAGAGAAUGGAUCCUUCCCCCUUGCAAGCUGAAGGAGAACACAGACUACAGAGACAGGAAGUUCAUUGCCAAGAUUCGCUCUGAUAAAGACAAACAUGCCAAGGUGGAGUAUUCUCUGUCCGGACCAGGAGCUGACAAACCACCGUUCAAUCUCUUCAGAGUGGACCAUGACACCGGGUUUGUAACUGUCACCGAUAUUCUGGACCGUGAGAAACACCCGCAGUUCAAUCUGACGGGAAUUUGCAGAUUCCUGAAUGGAACCUUAGCAGAGGAAGAAAUCCCACUCACUGUCACAGUGCUCGAUGAGAAUGACAAUCCUCCGUAUUUUGAGCUGCAUGUCGGCAACAUCACAGAGGCAAGCAAGCCAGGAACCUUUGUUAUGGAGAUCGAAGGAAAAGAUGAUGACGAAGCUGGAACCGUUAAUGCAGAGAUUGUCUACAAAAUCCUCAGUCAAGAGCCAAAAGGCAAAGGGAACAUGUUCACUUUAGAUGAAAAGACAGGAAAACUGUACGUCAAAGAGAAAACCCUUGAUAGAGAGACUCAUGACUUCUACAAACUGGUGAUACAGGGAACAGAUAUGGGAGGAGGACCAGGUGGACAAACAGGUACAGGAACUGUAGAGAUCCAUGUCCUGGACAUCAACGACAACCACCCCACUCUGGAACAAUCUGAGUAUUCAGGAUCAGUGGAUGAGAAUGUUCAUGAUGUGGUUGUGAUGAGAAUCAAAGCAAAGGACAAAGACCUCAAACCUUCAGACAACUGGCUCGCUGUCUUUAAAAUUGCUAAAGGAAAUGAGGAUAAGUUGUUCUCUAUUGAGACUGACAAGGAGACCAAUGAAGGCAUCCUGAAACUGAUCAAGCCUCUAGAUUUUGAAGAAGUCCAGAACCUUGAGCUUGGUAUCCUCAUUGAGAAUGUAGCACCUUUUGUAGAGGGUGAUGCCGUGUUGAUGGACGUGGAUGUUCAGGUCGGAGAGGGUGGCCCCAUUGUAACUGGAGCUGGACUUGGAGCUGGAAUGGGUGUAGGGGUAGACAUGGAUGUGGGGCUGGAUGUGGGGCUGGACGCACACCUAAAUGCAAAACUAAACGCAGAUCUGGAUGCAGACCUGGAUGCAGACCUUGAUGCAGACCUGGAUGCAGACCUGGAUGCAGACCUAGAUGCAGACUUGGAUGUGGAACUGGACCUCGACGUUGACUUAGAGGCAGGACUACAUCCUGGCCCAGGGGUGGGGCUUAAACCUGGAGUUGGACCUAGUAUUGGACCUGGUCUUGGACCUGGUCUUGGGCCAGGUCUUGGGCCAGGUCUUGGGCCAGGUCUUGGACCAGGUUUGGGGCCAGGAGUGGGCAUUGGACUUAAACCUCGUCCAAGAAAAAGAAGGCCCAAAAAGAAGAAAAAGCCUACCCCAAACUAUCCCAUUAAGAUUUCUGUAAAUAAUGUGCCAGAGGGUCCGGCAUUUCGCCCGAGCACUAAGGAGGUUCCAAUAUCUGAGAAUCCAGAGGAUAUAAAUUUGAAUGAAGCGGUCGCAACAUUUGCUGCUAUUGAUCCAGAUACUGGAAAACUGGCUGAAGAUGUCAGUUAUGCCAAAGCCUUUGAUCCAGACAACUGGUUUACUAUUGAUGACGAAACAGCGGAGAUUAAACUCAACAAAGUCCCAGACAGAGAGUCACCUUUCUUGGUGAACGGCACCUAUAUUGCCAAGGUUCUUGCCAUAUCUGAUGACAUGCCAGCGAAGACAGCCACAGGAACAAUAGCCAUCCAAGUAGUCGACUCCAACGACCACUGCCCGUACCUGACUACCACCUAUGAAGAUCUGUGCUCAGAUGAAAAAACUGUUUAUGUCACCGCUGAGGAUGAGGAUGUUGAUCCCAACGGUCCUCCAUUUACCUUCAGAAUCAUACCUGAAUCGACACGUGGCAACUGGGAAGUGGAACCGAUCAAUGGCACAACUGUUGCUUUCCAUUCUCGUGAACCCUUGUGGCCUGGUACAUAUGAACUGGAGGUGGAGGUGCAGGAUGCCAAGGGCCUGUCUUGUCCAGAGAAGGAAAUUUUUAAAGUGGAUGUUUGUAUCUGUGUGGACAAAGAGGACUGCAGAGUAAAGAUGGCAAAAGUGUCAGCUAAAGGAACUGACUUCGGUGGUCCAGCCCUCGGUGGGAUUAUUACAGCAUCGUGCUUACUGCUGUUCAUUCCUAUUCUGCUGGUGUUCUGUCAAUGUGGAGGAGCAAACACUAUCUUUCCUGAUCAAUUCAGCGACCUUCCAUUCGACGCCAAAGAACAUCUGAUUUCCUACCACACUGAAGGCAGAGGAGAGGACAAGGAAGUACCACUUCAGAGUGUUCCUAUUAUGUUGGGUGCCCAAAGAAAAGUUCAGGGAGCACCAAACUACACCAGCCUUGGUUCAAAAUACAUAGAAACUACAGAAACCACAACUUACAAAUCUGGUCAAAUGUUUAGUUCACAUGAAAACGAGGAGAACUUUGAGACAGACAACUACAGGUUUUCAAGGGAGUUAAAUAACCAUGACAUGACUAGCCACGGUGGUACAUACUGGAGGCAAACAUCUGGCUUCCAUCAGUCAGAAGAUCUGUUUGAUGAUAUCGCUCUACCCGAGAUGUUCCUUGAUGAUUACUACUCACAGAAAGCAGCAUGUGCUCUACCAGGGAAGGACAGUCUGUUGAUGUAUGAUUACGAGGGAUGUGGUUCGCCGGCCGGUUCAGUGGGCUGCUGCAGUAUCCUCGAGCAAGACGAUGACCUGCAGUUCCUUGAUGACUUAGAACCAAAGUUCAAGAUACUAGCUGACAUCUGCCUCCCUCCUGCACCAACACCGACACUUACAACUUCCACAACACAAAAGGUUACAGGUGCUGUCAAAACCACAGUAGAUAUUGUUAAACCCAAAACUGAGCACAUUGUUGAGACAAAGCACACUGAUAUAAAGACAGAGAAGGUGAUAUCUACCACCAAUAUUUCCAAAUCCUCGGUUAGUACUGUGAAUGCUGCCCCCCCACCACCAGUAAGUCCUCGCUCACAGGUUACUAAAGUCAGUCAAGCGUCAAACAUCAGUAAGUCAUCCAACAUCAGUAAGUCAUCAAACAUCAGUAAGUCAUCAAACAUCAGUAAGUCGACAAACAUCAGUAAGUCAUCAAACAUCAAUAACAUCAAUAUUUCUGGUGCCACCGGCCAGUCUUCUACGGUCACUCGUUCUGCCUCUGUACGACGUCAACCUCAGACUGUUGUACUCCAACAGCCACAGAUUUACUACGCCACCAGCCCACUAUUGUCACCUUUACAAUACCUAGUUCAGCCACAGCUACAGAACACAGUUGUGUUGGCAGAUGGGACCCAGGGAGCCAAUUUCCAGGGUGUGUAUGUAGUUGGUGGGUCCCAGAUGUCAUCGACUGGCCUUGUAGUUGGUGAUUCUCAAGGUCUUUCCUCCGGGCUGGUUGUCAAAGGCAGUGGGGGUGCCCAGAUGUCACCACCUGGCCUUGUAGUGGGUGAUUCUCAAAGUCUUUCCUCUGGGCUGGUUAUCAAGGGCACUGGAGGUGCCCAGGGGGCGCAGUCUGGCCUUGUAGUCAGUGAAUCCCAAGGUCUUUCUUCUGGGCUAGUUAUCCAAGGCACUGGCAUAAAUGCUGGGUCCUCUUUAGGUGCUGUUAGCUCUAUCAGCCCCACCACUCCAGUAAGCCCCACACUGUUGUUCCCUGGAAGUCCAAGCUCUCAGGGCUCAGUCUUUACAGAUAGUUGGAAAAUAAAUGGCACUGCCAUCCAACCCGGGUACCCUGGAAGCCCUGUCAGCACCCUCAGCCCCACUACUCCAAUGAGCCCCACACUGAUGCUCGGUGGGAGUCCAGUUGUGUCUCAAGGCUCUGUCCCCACAGAAGGCUGGAAAAUAGUGGGACCAAAUGCUGAUGGCACUUACACGUUAGUCCAAGAUAAAACUAGCCCAAGUGAAACAGAGGAAUCAAACACAGGCUCACCUCAGGGUACUUCACCCGGAGAUGCUGACCUGACAAAAGAGGCUGCUCCUCCUCAGGGGGUCUUAGGCCCAGCAGCCCAGGGUAGUGUGUAUGGCAUUCUGGCAGGACACACUGUGUCUAAUAGAGGGAAUGUACCUACACUAAAUAGAAAUUUAGGACAAACUUGGGUUAUGCAGCCACAGCAGAUGGGAUUAUCACCUGUCAAAGUUUUUGGGGUUGGUGGUGGGACUGCUGAGAGGAAUCCAGUUGGGAUUAGCAAUGUUACAGUAAACCAGGUCCAAGGAGUUACUCCACUGGGCCAAACAGCAAACACAAGUAAUAUUCCAAAACAACGUAAGAUACAAUCAAAGACAGACAAGACCAUUAAUGUUGUAAAUACCUCCUCUACUGAAAACAGUAAGACACACAUGCCUAAAAAUGAAACACAUAAAAUGAAAAAUCCAGUGAGGGAUAGCAGUAAUACAGUCAAAAAGAUUAUCAAUGACAAAGAUAAACAGAAGGCGGAUGAUGUGAUUAUAUGCAUGUCAGAGCAGGACACAACACAAAAGAAUCUGAAUGAUGUACUCCAAAGUGCAACUAAAAACAAUGAAACUACUCAGGAACACCCAAUAGAAAUACCAGAGGUGUCUUCAGCAAAGGUUGAGGAAAAUGUCCUAGAAACAUCACCAGGGCCAGAUGUACCAGUAAAGUUAUCUGAAUCCCCAUCUGAGACAGUCAUAACUGUACCAGGGAAUGAAAAAGAUGAAAGUGUAUCUGAUCAUUUGGAUAGAAUCACUGAGAGCCCAUCAAACAAAUUAACAGAAACAAAUUACCCACAAGAAAGCACAGAGUCUCUGCAGUCAGACCAGAAAAGCAAUGAUGUUUCCUCUGAAAGUUUGCCUGAGGAAGCCAGUGUGUCCACCACUGAAGCUUCUUUACCUGAGUCAGAUGUCAGUAGUUUAGCUAAUACAAACAAAGAGAAGGAAGAAACAUCACCGUCAACUCAAAGUGAGGAGCCCACUUCUGAAACAAGCAGUGAUAUUGCAGACGACCAAAAGCUAAUCACAGAAGACACAGUAACCACAGUUGAAACUGCAACAUCAGAACAAACUGAAGGCCAGCAUACUGAAGGUUCUGAGAAAGAAAUUUUGAACCAUGAUGUCACCACUACUGAUAGUACUGAAAUAGGCACCAGUAUGGAUGAUGGACCUAAGGUCAGUGAUGAUGCACAUGGGCAAAUAAAGUCUGAACAGGAUGAGCUCUUAGAUCUUGAGGUAAAAACAGAUGCUGAGCAUGUUGAAACAUUAGCAACUCCACCAGUUGAGAGUACAGAAGAGAAUCAGGAUGAUCGUGAAAGAUCUGCACCAGAUAAUGAUGGGCAAGUAAAGUCGGAACAGGAUGAGCUGUCAGAUCCUGAGGCUAAGGUUGAUACUGAAUCUGUUGAAACAUCACCAACGCUACCAAAUGAAAGUACAACAGAUAAUCUGAGUCCUUCUGAAAGGUCCACUCCUGAUCAGGAGGCAACACCAGAACCCCAGCAAGAUAAUAGUGGAGCAGAUAAUAUUGAAGCUGGUCCUACAAAUGCUGAAAACAUAGCAUUGCAAACUUUGGACACCAUUUCUGGUGACCCAGAGGAAGAUCAGUGUGAUCAGGGUUUGAUGUCAAGUGAACCUGGCAAUGGAAAUGAUGAAAAUGAUGUUCCGGUAGAGCAACAUGUGGGCAUGACAGAAGACAGUAGCUGUGACCAUGAAGAAGAUGGCUCAGCAAAAGACUGCUAUCAGCCUAGUGUAGAUGAUGGUGUAAGUGAUAGAAAAGAGGAGAGUGAUGUACAGGAAGUGGGGUCACAAGUAAGUUUGGGAAGUUUAGAUAGCCAGGAUGAAGACAGUGAAAGGCAAGAUGCAGUGAGUACAUACUCCCAAAUGGAGGAGAAGUUCAUCUCAGAUGAUAAUGUUAGUGAUGCAGAGAGUAAUGAGGCUGUUGAGGAUGAAAUGGAGCCAGAGAUACAGCAAGUAUCUACAGAUGACCAAGAUGAAAGGAACGUACAAGAUGAAGCAUCGAAUAGGAGUUCUCAAACUGAGGAUAUGUUGGACUCAAAUGCAGGAGAAAAGGAGGAGAAUGUAUUGGAAGACAUGGUAACAUCCACACAGCAAAAUGUUAGCAGCACAGGUGGUGAGGAAGAAGAAAGUGAAAGAGAAGAUGCAUCAGGAAGCUCUCAAGAAGAUCAGCUCACCACAGAUGACAUCAAUGUUGGAGAGAAAGAGGAGGACAAUGUGGAGGAUGUGACAUCACCCAUGCAGCAUGAGCCUACUGAUGCUGAAGCUGAGGAGGAGGUGGUGUCACCCACAGAGGAAAGUGUUAGUAUCUCAAAUGAAGAUGAAGAGACAGAAAGAGAGGAUGCAGGAAGUGUGGCAAACCAGAUUAUGGCAGAUGAAGAGGAUAUUAUAAAAGAAGAGGUGGCACCUGUACAGCAAACUGCCAGUGUUUCAGAUGACCCAGGGAAAAACAGUGACGAAGAAGAAGAACCCCAACCAGUGUCUCAAGUAGAAGACAAGAUGACUGCAGAUGACAAUAUCAGUGCUGCAGAUGAAGAGGAGAAUAAUGAGGAGGUCGCAGACAUGGAGGAGAAUGUCAGUGUCUCAGAAGACAAAGAUGAAGAGAAUAAAGAGGAAACAAAUUCUCUGACAGAUCAGCUACCUUCAGAGGACGGAGAAAAGGUCGAGGAGAUUGCGACGCCCCACAUGACUCAACAUAUCAGCAACUCAGAUGAUCAAAAUGAGCAGACUACAGAAGAAAACCCGUCAGAUACAAGUUGCCCAGAGGAGGAAGGAGCCAUGGAGCCAUGCCAAGCAACAGAGGAGGACUCUGAUGUUGUACCUGCCCCUGUAGAUGCCCCUCUGGAUACAACUGAGACACCAGAUAGUGUUGAGACGGAGGAACUGGGAGGCGCUACUGAGGAAGCUUUGGAUGACACGGUCAAAACUUCACCCAAGAUGGCCAGAGGACAGGUUUCCGCAUUGAGAGAUGAUGAUGUGGUAGCAUCUGAACAAGAACCUAAAGAAGACUUGUGUAAUACUGAUCACCAAAAUACAGAUCCAGUUGAUGAGGAUGGAGAUCAAGAGGUUGAAAUUAAAGAGGGAAUUGAUGAUAGCGCGGUUGCAACUGGCCAGGUAACAGCAACCCCUGAUUCAGAUACAGAGCCACCUUCAGCACAUACAGACCCCAGUACAACAGGUGAGGCUGAGGAGGAUGAAGGGAAAAGUGAGAACGCAACUGGAGAAGCAGCAGGGACGGACUCAAACACAGUGGGCUCGACAGAAGCCGGAUCAGAAACUGAAAACGCGCUUGAAACAGGGGCAAGUAAUCCAGAAGCAGAUCCUGCACAGGUCCAGACCAACAUCGGCCAAACUCCUCAGAACAAAUCCAGAAAGAAUAAAAAGGACUCAAAUCCAAAAAGUCCCUCUGCAAAGUGUAAGCAACAGUAGCUGAGUUUUAAUGAAGAUAUCAAGCGAAUUUGAAGUGGAAAAGUUGCAAGAAAAGCAAAAUAAAUUACAACACCACUUAUGCAUGUUUCUAUGAAUUAAUUUGGAGGGGAUAAACUAGACUGUGCAGGGUCGUCAGUGGGUGGUGGUACAGGUUCUAUCACAUUUUGCUGUAAUAAACCGAGCCAUCUAAACUGGUUGUGAUGUGUUCUUCGUGGAUUUGACCAAGAAAUAUUUCAGAUUCCCCUUCAGUUCAACCUACCUGUAGCUGUACCUGUAUGGGAAACAACAGCCAUGUAAGCUCAGCACAUACAAAAAAAAAAAAAUCCAUUGUUCACGUUAGCUCUUUUUGUUAAAUUGCAAAAUCCACCUCAAAACUGUUUUAUCAUAUUUUU